AUGCUUAUCUAUCUAUCUAUCUAUCUAUCUAUCUAUCUAUCUAUCAAAAAUGAUGACAACAGUCGUUUAAAAAAAGAAAAAAAUUACAGUAGCCAUCUACCUAGCUAUCUAUCUGUUUAUUUUCUAACUCGUUCUGUUCAUCUAUCUAUCUAUCUAUCUAUCUAUCUAUCUAUCUAUCUAUCUAUCUAUCUAUCCCAUUUCAUAUCUAGCACUCUGUUUACGUCUAUCUUUCUAUCUGUCUGUUCGUAUCUAUGUGCACUCCUAUAUUUCUUUCUUUCUUUCUUUCUCAUUUCAUAUCUAUCUAUCUAUCUAUCUAUCUCUCUAUCUAUCUAUCUAUCUAAGCCAGAAACAGCAAUCUUUUGGCCACAUCUAUCUAUCUAUCUAUCUAUCUAUCUAUCUAUCUAUCUAUCUCAUUUCAUAUCUAUCUGUCUGUUCAUGUCUAUCUUUCUAUCUGUCUGUUCGUAUCUAUCUAUGUGUACUCCUAUAUUUCUUUCUUUCUUUUUAUCUAUCUAUCUAUCUAUCUAUCUAUCUAUCUAUCUAUCUAUCUAUCUAUCUAUCUAUGUGCACUCCUAUAUUUCUAUCUAUCUAUCUGCCAUGGUUCCUUACCUAUAA